UAAAAGCAGAUCAGUUAGUAAUCAAUUCAAUUAGUUAAAAAUCAGACUCCAAAUAGUCUUGUCCAGAGAAUAAAGUAUCCACAUAUUGCUAUGAUGUACAUGACAACGAAGCAGAGGGGAUAGACAACACUGUAUAGACUGUGUGACAUCACCGACGAAUUGCACAAAGAAACCGUUAUGGCGGUAGAUAUAAAGGACAGGUAGUUGAUGAGACAAUAGAAGGAGUAGGUUUAAAACCAGAACACAGCAAACAAAGGAAAAGUUUAUCAAAAUGAAGUGUGUGUCACAUAACAGGCACGCAACUCACAACAGGUCAACGCAAAAAAACAAACAAACAAACAAAAACAACAACAACAAAAACCCAACAAAAAACAAAAAGAAAACCAAACAAACAAAACAACAACAAAACCAAACCAAAACAAACAAAACAAACAGCUAGGGGCAUAAUUAUAUAUUUGUAAUACUAUAACUCGCGGCUAUCAGUCAAAACUCUCUGUAGUCACUCUCCCCUCUGUAGUGUGGCCUACAUUUUUUCAUUAAACAGAUUUAAAGACAGUAAACAAAUUUCUACAUUCUAACUGCUCUUUUCCUCCCACAUUUCUUUGUUCUUUUUUUUCCCCCUUCUCUGGAUAUCUUUUUGUUGCGGAAAGUUCAUCUUACACGAUCGAAGGGCUUUAAUGCCUGGCGCCUUUGUCAUGAUCACUGUUUAAAGAGCAGCUGUGAGUAAUGAACCCUAACGACUUUAUUGAGUCUGAUGACGUGUAGACAGUUUUAUGAUGUCAUCUGCAGUUUGAAGUGGGAGCCGAGCCGCGAUGGGCGAAGCUGACUUUCCGACUCCCGACUAACCCCCGAAACCGAGUGGGCGGGGCUAAGCGCCGGGGGAUGUUUACUUUCCCGCCAGCGAUGACAGCGUGCCGAGACCUCACGCGCAAAAAAGAGGCGGGGCCACGCGCGGCGAGUGGCAGCACGGCUCGCCUCGACUUGUGCAUCACACACAAUGACCUGUCGGUGGACAGCAGCAAGAAGAAAUAAGGAAUCUUGGGUAAUAUGUUUCCUAUUAAUACAGAUAUAAUGAAUAAUUAUUUACAGCGAUGCAAAUAUUUUAAAAAGUACUGUAUUUCUUUUUAAUGGUGGUUGGGAGUUUGGUCUCGGUGACCACGACCUUUACGAUGACCUAUUUAAUUAUUUAUUUAUUCCUUCUCUGCGUCCUAAUUCUCAUGUAGAAUCCAUCCCUUUCCCAUCCUUCCUCCCUUCCCUUGUCUGCGGGCAUCUCAACAGUUUUGUUUCGCCCUCCGCCGGUCAUCAGGUAAAACCGUCGAGAGAAGUGGCAGCGAGACAAAAACUCCUCCCACCGUGGCGCUCGCCUCGCGCUGGUCGCCGGCUGAAGACCAAUCAGGAGGCGCCUGGCCUCAUCAUCUUCCGCAACACGCGUGCAAAGCCGCUACCCUCGCGCCCUUCAAUCGCGCCGGCCCCCUUGGAGCGCGAGGCUUGGGAGAGUGUGUGUGGUUCGUCGUGUCUACUCGCGCUGCUGUGGUUCAGGAGGAGGCCUGCCAGCCAGCCUGCCUGCGUGCGUGCCGACAUCUUUAGUCGUCACUGUCGGAUGCGUCGGCGUACUGCAUCGCUGCGGCGCGAUCGCGACGAGAGGCAAAAGCACUGCGGCAGCAGCAGCAGCAAAGGAAGGUAUGCGUCCGUGACAGACAUUGCUGCAUGCAGUCCUGCGUGAAAUGGGAGUCGCGUACCCGCAUUUCAGUCUUCAACCAGCAUCCCUCCGAGCUUUGUAGUGACUUGGACAACUGCUGCUCAGCUACCCGACUACCUGGGCCGCUCUAUCUCUUUCUCUCUCUCCCCCACCUACCCUACCACCCGGUUACAGCAGGGAGGAUACCGCUGCUCCCUCGGUCAGCGGGUGUGACUUUUUUUGUUUUAUUUUUCUCAGAUUUCCCCCGUAGUUUUUUCCCGUGGGAAAUCUGGAAACGAUUGUGAUAAAAAAAAAAACUAUUUAUUUACUAAACGCUGAGGUUAACGGCCAGUAAACAAACGUUUUCCCCCCAAGACAAUAGAAGAAAACUUUUCAAACCAAUAAAGGAUAAAGCUGGUGACACUAACACAGCCAGCGAAAUUCUGAAGACAACGCUGGGACUCAAAAAAGAAAAGGUAGAUGAAAGAGACGACAACAGUUGAGAGAGGAGGGUACUCACCAGAGUGCCGGGUGCAAGUACCCUGAUGUCUGUGAAGUAGCAUCUGACGAACGCUCGUACUUCAUUCUCCUUUACUGAUAUUGUUUUGGUUUAUUGUUGAGUUCGAUUCCUGGUCCAAAAUCUGUUUUGUUUAUGUUCGGCUACGGUCUAGUUAAUGUCGACCAUGACAGAGAGUUUUUAUGAGUACCAGUGACGUCAGACAGGUGUGAGACAGGUGUGUUAGUAUACCUUUAAAACAUCGACAGAUUUGCUUAUCGCGAAGACUUCACAACAGGAAAUGGCGUUCACACCUUUCUUGUUCCCACGACAUUCGGACUAUGGUGUUGGGACCCUCCUGUCUUCGCAUCAUUACCUACCCGGACUGCCUCUGCCACCCCACGGGCUGACCUCGCCGCUUCUACCCAAGCUACAGAGUGCCAUGGGCCGCUCCGGGCUGGCACCCGGAGACUUUCUGGCUCAGCCACCCGGGAUGGCGCGUCCUUUCGGACGGGGUGGCUUGGACGCCAACGACCCGGACGUGGAGGACGACCCGAUGGUGGAGCUGGAGGCCAAGGAGCUGUGGCAACGGUUCCACAAGCUGGAGUCCGAGAUGGUCAUCACCAAGUCAGGAAGACGAAUGUUCCCGCCGUUCAAGGUGAAGGUGUCGGGGCUGGACAAGAAGUCCAAGUACAUCCUGCUGAUGGACAUCGUUGCUGUCGACGACUGUCGCUACAAGUUCCACAACGGCAAGUGGAUGGUGGCCGGCAAGGCCGACCCCGAGAUGCCCAAGCGCAUGUACAUCCACCCGGACUCGCCCAGCACGGGUGAGCAGUGGAUGCAGAAGGUGGUGUCAUUCCACAAGCUGAAGCUGACCAAUAACAUCUCGGACAAGCACGGAUUUGUAAGUACGGCUACUACAAUCCUGAACUCGAUGCACAAGUACCAGCCUCGUUUUCACUUGGUGAGAACCGAUGACAUCCUCAAGCUGCCCUACAGCGCCUUCCGGACCUUCGUCUUCAAGGAGACAGAGUUCAUCGCCGUCACAGCUUACCAGAAUGAGAAGAUCACUCAGCUCAAGAUCGACCACAACCCCUUCGCUAAAGGCUUCCGCGACACAGGGGGAGGCAAGCGAGAGAAAAAACGGCUGCUGUCGCAAACCAACAGUUCCAACAAUCAAGAAAUCGUCUCUGCGCAUGCUCGAGAACCAACUUCCGGUGAGGAGGAAGGCGAGGACUGCGACAGCAUGGAGAUCUGCGUAGUAGACCAAGAAGAGGGAGAGAACUGGAAAAACACUAAACAUGAUGCCUAUGACUUUGACGACAGAGGCGAUGUGGAACAGACGGAAGCAGACGACCUGUCCAUGACCAGCGCCAGACUCGCAGCCAAGGGAGGUUCCGAUGACGCGUGCGGGCAGAGCGCGGGACCGCAAAUAAAAGAGGAAAAAACUCACAGCCAGGGGUCGUCCCACGGCGGAAGUCGACAGGCGGACGGGCCUCGGGACAGCGACGGCCGACCAACAGAAAGCAAGAAGGGCGAUGACGUCACCAGACCCGUUAACCAGGCGGUGGAGCGGCUUCUGAGGGCUCCGCGUUCGUCUCCGCGCACCCACGAAAGAACGAGUAGCAGAGGGGUUGGGAUCUUGGAGGAAGAGGAGGAGGAGGUUGUCGGGGAUCACGGCGGCGGGGUGUCCCCCACCUGUCGAAGCGUCUCUCCAGACUCUUCCACCGCCGCCUCGCAUCCCAAGAGCGCUCCGCCGCUGUCCUUCCCCGUCAGCGCCAUGUUGUCACACACGUCACCCGCCACAGCAGGGGUGGCGCGCAACCUCAGCGCCUUUUCAGGUCCUCACGCGCAUGCGCACACGACCUCAGGUUUGCCGCUGCAGUACCUCUCGGCCGCCACGUCGCCCCUGGACCUGACGCAGCUGGCCACGGCGCACCUACAGUCGCAGCUGGGGCAAGCAGCUGCAGCAUCGUCGAUCUUCGGCAGCCAGCUGUCCCUGCUGGGUCCCCAUUUCUUCCAGCACGGCCUGGCUCCCUUCGGGUUCACCAGGGAGGGUCUGGCGGCAGCGGCUGCUGCUGCGGCGUCGGCUGCUGCAGCAGCGGCUGCCGCUAGUCGCGGUUCGCCCUUCGGACCCCUCUUCUUCCCGAGGAGCGCGUCCAGUCGCUUCAGCCCCUACGCCAUGUGUCUGAGCGGCGCUCACCCCUCGUCAUCGUCCGGCACCAACGCCACCACCACGUCCUGCUCGCCCUCCGCCCGCGGUUCCCCCAAACUCUGCAGCCCAACGAUCGUGCAGUCGUCUCCCUCCUCUUCUUCUUCCUCUUCAGCUGUCCCUUGUUCGUCCUCCCGGACCUCCGAGUCCCCCCACUCGCCUCUCCAUCUAGGCCUCCACCCCCGCCUGGCUGACCGCCCUGACCCCAUGUCGUCACAACCUGCACCCAGCCUGGCUUCGGGAGGAUUCAAGACCACGCACGCCCCUAGCAGCGGGGAACUGCGGCGCAUGGAGCGGAUGCUGAGUGGCAUGCAGAGAUCGCACAGGGCGGGCGCCGAUGCGGAACACUUCGGAAGGAACAACCCCACGUGAUUCUCCUCACCCAAUCAGCUUCCAGGCUCUUUGAGGAUCGAUCCCAUCUUUCCUGAAAAAAAAAAUUGUGAGGAACCAUGUCGUUAGACCUUGUUGUGUGCUGAGGUCAGUUUGUUUUAUUAAAAAAAAUCCUUUUUUUCCCGGUUUGUGCUCUCCUCCCAGAGUAAAAUAAUAAAAUAAUUAUGCUGAAUGCGCAUUUUUAAUGAACAAGUCUUAUUCAGGACUCAAAUAAAACAGAAACAAAAACUGAAAUGUAAAUAUGUAAACUCAAUAAAGUUUCAUAUCAGUGAUGUCCUGAUGUCCAAACAACAAAUUACCCCAAUGGAAUCAUCGCGAACAACACUUUGACCUUUGACCCUUUUUGUUUGUGACUUCGCUCGGUCUGGCACGUGCAAGACCUGAAAUAAAACCUGACUUUCAGCUGACUUUCAAACAUACGGAUUCUCUCUGUUGCUGGUGAAAAGGUGAUAACUGAAAACCUGCUUCAAAAACAAAUUCAGGGAUUAUUUUUUUUUCUCCCCCUCUCUUCUGGCGGGGGGAAUGCGGUCAUAUGCACCGUUUUUAACCGUCUUCAUACAGACGACAAAAACUUCAGGUAUAAUUUAUGGAUACAUCUCAGGAUCUGAUAUACAUAUGAUAUUAUAUAUAUAUAUUAUGUUUGCUGACUUUAUGAGACACCUGCCUAUAUUGUAUCACAUUUUAACAGAUCGAGCCAGUAUUCAUGAAGGUGUUUGUAAGGAUGUUGCAGAGGAAGAUUGCAUGGUAUAUUAUUAUUAUUGUCAUUAUUAUUAUUAAGAAAAAAGUAAACAGUUAAGAUUUUGUUGUUGUAAUUAUUUUUUUUAUUUGCCUCGUUCAGAUGAAGUGAUCAUCUGGCAACGACAUCAUCACGAGCGGAGUUGCUGAAUUUUCAUGCACGCUCGAAAUUUUGAGUGGAGGGAAUAUCUGUAUAAAUAUUUUUGUAUCUUCUUCCCUGCUCAAGCUCUCAUGUUGGUUCACUUUGUUAUUUUAUAUUUUAUUCGUUUGUUUGCUUGUUCCUCUUUCCACUUUUAUCAUUGUUUUCAAAAUUUUAUUUCGGAAGUUGUUUUUAGGUUUUUU